AGCUAGCAGUCUACUCUAGUAGCAAGCUCGAUAGUUGAGCUGGACUGUGUAGUGAGAGAACAGGGGAAGAACAAGACCUCGAUGUGGGGGCAGUGAAAAUUGGUGCCGAGAAGAUAAUCAAAGAGCAAUCUGAUCAACUUUUCGUCUUUAACAAGGCAGCUCAAACCGCUCCUUCUGGGUGGACCCAGUAGCUAACCCAAGAAUCUCCAACGAUCCUUUGUGCAGCUGCCAAGGGCGCUAGGUGGUCAUCAUGACCACGGACAUCAGUGUGGGUGUCCGAUGGGACCCAAUCAACCAACAAAAUGAAGUCAUAGAGGACUACGAGUUCGACUAUGAUGGAGGGAACUCGUCCUCCAGACUCUUCGAGCGAUCUCGAAUCAAGGCAUUGGCUGUUGAGAGAGAACAUGUUCAGAAGAAGACCUUCACCAAAUGGGUCAACUCCCAUUUGUGUCGCAUCAACUGCCGGGUGGUCGACCUGUACACCGACCUUAGAGAUGGAAAGCUACUCAUCAAACUCUUGGAAAUUCUUUCCGGAGAACGACUGCCGCGCCCCACCAGGGGUAAAAUGCGCAUUCACUGCCUGGAGAAUGUGGACAAGGCCUUGUCCUUUCUCUACGAACAAAGAGUCCAUUUGGAGAACAUGGGAGCUCACGAUAUCGUGGAUGGGAGCCCGCGGCUCACUCUCGGUCUCAUCUGGACCAUCAUCCUCCGGUUCCAGAUCCAAGAGAUCACGGUUGAAGAGCCCGGACCAGGGGCAGCUACACGAUCCGCCAAGGACGCUUUGUUGCUCUGGUGUCAGAUGAAGACCGCCGGAUACCACAAUGUGAAUAUCCGCAACUUCACCACGUCUUGGCGAGAUGGCUUGGCCUUCAACGCCAUCAUUCAUAAGCACAGAUCAGAUCUCAUCCAAUAUGAGCGUUUGUCCAAGAGCAACGCCAUGUAUAAUUUGAACAACGCCUUCGAUGUGGCGGAUCGUGAGUUUAAUCUGGUCAAACUUCUGGAUGCCGAGGAUGUGAACGUGGAAAUGCCAGACGAGAAGUCCAUCAUCACCUACGUGGUCACCUACUACCAUUAUUUCUCCAAGUUGAAGCAGGAAACGGUCCAAGGCAAAAGGAUUGCCAAAGUAGUGGGCAUCGACAUGGAGUGCGACAAAAUGAUCGAACAAUACGAAGGGUUCACGAGUGAUCUCCUCAAGUGGAUUGAGAACGUGAUCGAGGCCUUGGGUGACCGGCAAUUUGCCAACUCUCUCCGUGGAGUCCAAGAACAACUGACGCAAUUCAACUCCUAUCGCAAUGUGGAAAAGCCCCCCAAAUUCAUGGAAAAGGGCAAUCUCGAAGUUCUUCUCUUCACCCUUCAAUCCAAGAUGAGGGCCAACAAUAAAGUGCCUUACUUCCCCAAGGAAGGCAAGACCAUCUCAGACAUCAACAAGGCCUGGGAGCGGUUAGAGAAGGCCGAACACGAACGUGAGUUGGCCUUGCGCGAAGAGCUCAUCCGUCAAGAGAAACUCGAGCAGCUGGCCGCCCGAUUCAACCGUAAAGCGGGCAUGCGAGAAACUUGGCUGAGUGAGAAUCAACGUCUGGUCUCUCAAGACAACUUUGGCUUCGAUUUAGCCGCUGUUGAAGCUGCCGCCAAGAAACACGAGGCCAUUGAAACCGACAUUUUUGCCUACGAAGAACGCGUUCAAGCCGUGAUCGCAGUGGCCCAUGAGCUGGAAACUGAAAACUAUCACGACAUCGAGUGCAUCAAUGCUCGGAAGGACAAUGUCCUCCGCUUGUGGAACUACUUGCUCGAGCUCCUGAAGGCACGAAGAACACGAUUGGAGAUGUCCUUGCAAUUGCAGCACAACUUCCAGGAAAUGGUGUACAUUUUGGAUUCCAUGGAAGAAUUGAAGAUGCGUUUACUCUCAGACGAUUACGGAAAGCAUUUGCUCGGGGUCGAAGAUCUUCUUCAGAAACACUCGCUUGUGGAGGCCGACAUCAACGUUCUGGGAGAAAGAGUCAAACAAGUCGUGCAGCAUUCGCAAAAGUUCUUGGCCGACGAGGAUGGAGCCGACGACUACAAGCCCUGCGAUCCCAGUAUCAUCGUGGAACGAGUCCAAACCUUGGAAGAUGCCUACGCCGAGCUCGUUCGUUUGGCCGUUGAACGGCGGUCCAGAUUGGAAGAGUCCCGACAGAUGUGGCAAUUCUAUUGGGAUAUGGCCGAGGAGGAGAACUGGAUCAAGGAGAUGGAACAGAUUCUCUCCCAGGGUGAUAUUGGACACGAUCUCACCACCAUUCAUUUAUUGCUCUCCAAGCACAAGAGUCUGGAGACUGAAAUCCGUGCACAUGAAAACCAAUUGCAGAUGUCCAUCAAGCAAGGUCAAGAUCUCAUCGACCAAGGACACUUUGGUGCGGACAAAGUCCAGACCAGGAUCGAUGACGUUAUGAGCAUGUGGAGCCAGCUGGUCGACCUCAUGGACACCAGGAAACGACGACUCACCGAGGCCGUUGACUUCCAUCAAUUCCUCACUGACGCCGAUGAUGUGGACACGUACAUGUUGGACGUGCUCCGAUUGGUCUCGUCUGAUGACAUUGGAAAAGACGAGUCCAACGUGCAGACAUUGCUGAAGAAACAGAAGGAGAUUCACGACGAUCUCAUGAACUUCCAGUCCAAUGUUGAUGCUCUUCACGAACAAGCCACGACUUUGGGCGAGAACGACAAGCCCGCGGUUGAGAAGCGAUUGGCCUCCAUCGAUAAGCGCUACAAUGAGCUACAAGAGCUUUCCAAGCUUCGCAAACAGCGACUCUUGGACGCUCUUUCCUUGUACAAAUUAUUCACCGAGGCCGAUGGUGUGGAACAAUGGAUUACCGAGAAAGAGAAAAUGUUGGAUACCAUGCAACCCGGCAAAGAUAUCGAGGACUGUGAGAUCAUGAAGCACAGAUUCGAUGGAUUCGAUCGCGAAAUGAAUGCCAAUGCGUCACGAGUUGCUGUUGUGAACCAGUUGGCUCGCCAAUUACUCCAUGUUGACCACCCUAACUCGGACGACAUCGUUGCUCGACAGAACCAACUCAACCAGAGAUGGGCCGACUUGCGCGAACAAGCCGAGGCUAAGCGUGAACAAUUGGGAUCCGCGCAUGGCGUGCAGACCUUCCAUAUUGAAUGUCGCGAAACAGUCACUUGGAUUGAGGACAAGAAGCGCGUCUUGGAGCAAACCGACGAGCUCAAGAUGGAUCUCACCGGCAUCAUGACUCUGCAGCGAAAGCUCUCGGGAAUGGACCGAGACAUGGCGGCUAUCGAAGCCAAGCUCAAAACGCUGGAGGAUGAGGCCAACAAAAUCAAGGACACUCAUCCUGACGAGGCUCAAGUGGUGUUUGACCGUGUGGAGAAACUCCGUGGCGAAUGGAAACAACUUAAUGUUAUGCUCCAUGAGCGAGAAGCCAAGUUGGAAGAGGCUGGCGAUCUUCACCGCUUUCUCAAGGACUUGGAUCAUUUCCAGGCUUGGCUGACCAAAACCGAGUCAAGCAUCGCCAAUGAGGACACGCCCUCAAGCUUGGCUGAGGCUGAGAAAUUGUUGAGUCAACAUCAACAGAUCCGAGAGGAGAUUGAUAGCUACACAACUGACUACACUACCAUGAUGGACUACGGCGAGAAGGUGACUGCCGACCCGUCCACAUUCGAAGACCCGCAAUACAUGUUCCUCCGAGAGAGACUAAAGGCCUUGAGAGAUGGAUGGGCGGAGGUCCAUCAGAUGUGGGAGAACCGACAGCAAUUGUUGUCACAAUCCCUCAACCUCCAGAUGUUCAACCGGGACGCCAAACAGGCCGAAGUUCUUCUUUCGCAGCAAGAACAUCUCCUCAGCAAGGAUGAAACUCCGAGCAACUUGGAGCAAGCCGAAUCACUCAUCAAGAAACACGAGGCUCUGCUCACUACCAUGGAGGCCAACGACGACAAGGUCAAUGGCGUGCUUCAAUUUGCCCAGCGUUUGUGCUCUGAGCAGCAUUUCGCUUCAGACAAGAUCUCUAAAAAGGCCGACGACAUCUCUGAGAGGAGAAACAUCAAUCACGAUCUUGCUCUCCAACAAUUGGACAAACUCCGUGAUCAACUUCUUCUUCACCAAUUUCUUCAAGAUUGCGAAGAGUUACACGAUUGGAUCCAAGAGAAGAAUGUCCUCGUUCAAGAAGACACCUAUCGAUCGGCCAAGACCAUCCAUAGCAAAUGGACCAGGCAUCAAGCUUUCGAAUCCGAAAUUGCUUCCAACAAGGAGCGUCUGGAUCGCGUUCAAGAAAGUGGCCAAGAGCUUCUCAAGACCAAACCAGAGAUGGCUGAUCUGAUCACACCCAAAUUGGACGAGCUCGAGAGAGAUUUCGAGGCCCUCCAGAAGAAUACCAAAGACAAGGGAGAGCGGAUCUUCGACGCCAAGAGAGCCGAUCUGUAUGAGCAAUCUUGUGAUGACAUUGAUAGCUUCGUCAUGGACCUUGAACGGCAGAUGGAGACCGAGCCCAUUGGUAACGACCUCACAUCCGUGAAUAUCCUUAUGCAGAAACAACAAAUGAUCGAGACUCAGAUGCAAGUCAAGUCCAUGCAAGUAAGCGAAUUGGAAACACAAGCCGAAAAGUUGGUGCUCAUGGAGCCUGACAAGAGAAACGUUAUUGAGGCCAAGAAAGAAGAAGUCUCAAAGAAAUUCGAGGCCGUCAUGGCCCCACUCGAGGCCAGGAAGAAGGAGCUCUUGGUCAAGAAAGAAAUCUUCCAAUUUUUGCGCGACCUCGAGGAUGAGAACAUUUGGAUUGAAGAGAAGAUGAACCUUGUGACGUCGGAUGAGUUCGGUAGCAGUCUUCAAGCUGUUAACCUUCUUAUUAAGAAGAACAAGACUCUCAAAGGUGAGAUUGACAAUCACGAGCCUCGAAUCUUAUCCGUGUGCGAAAUUGGACAAAAGCUCAUUGCCUCGGAUCACCCCGACUCCGAGAAAUUCCAAAAGGACAUUGAUGAGCUUCUCGAGAACUUGAACAAUCUCAAGGAGAUGCUCGAAAUCAGACGGCAAAAGCUCCUUGUCAGCGAGAAGGCCCAACAAUUCUUCUUCGAUGCCAACGAGGCUGAAGCCUGGAUGUCUGAACAAGAGCUCUACAUGAUGGUUGAGGACAGAGGCAAGGACGAAUUCUCAGCGCAAAACCUCAUGAAGAAACACACCACUCUUGAGAGCGCAGUUGAGGAUUACUCCGAAAAUAUUCGCCAAUUGAGCGAGUCUGCCAGACAACUCAUCGCCGAUGAGCAUCCUGAAAGCGAACAGAUUUCCAUUCGUCUGGCACAAGUGGAGAAACUCUACGCUGGUUUGCGAGACUUGGCCGCCGAACGGAAAGCCAAAUUAGACGAUGCGUUGAAGUUGUUCAUGUUGAACCGAGAGGUGGACGAUUUGGAGCAAUGGAUUGCCGAACGCGAGGUGGUGGCUGGAUCACACGAAUUGGGACAAGACUACGAGCACGUCACUUUGCUCUGGGAGAGAUUCCGAGAAUUCGCCAAGGACACGGAAAUCAUUGGUACGGAACGAGUGGCAGCCGCCAAUCAAAUUGCUGACAGUCUCAUCACAUCGGGUCACACGGAUGCAGCCACAAUCGCCCAAUGGAAGGACUCUCUGAACGAUUCCUGGGCUGAUCUUGGCGAGUUAAUCGAGACAAGGACUCAAAUGCUUGAAGCCUCUCGUGAGCUCCAUAAAUACUUCCACGAUUGCAAGGACGUUUUGGGACGAAUCCUUGAGAAGCAACACUCCAUGCCUGAUGACUUGGGCCGCGAUGCUGGAGCCGUGUCAUCACUCACCCGCAAACAUCAGAAUUUCGUCCAAGAUCUUCAAGGUCUGGAGGGUCAAGUCAAGGCUAUCCAAGAAGAGUCCUCCAAAUUGCAAGCUGCUUAUGCUGGGGAGAAGGCUAUGGAAAUCACUAACCGAGAGAGAGAGGUCGUUCGGGCUUGGCUUGAGCUCAAUGCCAUGGGCGACUCGCGCAAGAAUAAGUUGCACGAUACCUCCGACUUGUUCAAGUUCUUCAACAUGGUGCGCAACCUCAUGUUGUGGAUGGAUGAUCUUACCAGGCAGAUGUCUACAUCUGAAAAACCACGUGACGUUAGUGGUGUUGAGCUUCUUAUGAACAACCAUCAAGGUCAUAAGGCCGAAAUUGACACACGCGAAGAGAACUUUACUCAAUGCUUCACACUGGGCAAGGAGUUACUCUCUCGAGGUCAUUACGCAAACAAUGAGAUCAAGGAAAAGUUGGUGGAGCUCACCAACCAGAGAAAUACCAUGUUGCUGAGGUGGGAGGAACGUUGGGAACACCUACAACUGAUUCUCGAAGUAUACCAGUUCGCCCGUGAUGCGGCUGUGGCCGAGGCCUGGCUCAUCGCUCAAGAUCCUUACCUGAAGUCCGGAGAAUUGGGACAAACCAUUGACGAAGUCGAGAAUCUGAUCAAGAAGCACGAGGCCUUUGAAAAGGCUGCGGCGGCGCAAGAAGAGCGAUUCGCUGCCCUUGAGAGGCUCACCACGUUCGAGUUGAAGGAAAUCAAACGCCGUCAAGAGGAAGACGAGCGGCGACGGGAAGAGGAACGUGCCAAGCACGCCCCUCCAUCUUACGACCGACCAGAUGCCGGGGAACGAUCCGAUGUGGGAAGUGUCAAGUCAGGAACCCCAACUGGCGUCACUCGCCAAGGAUCUCGUUCUAAAGCUGCUCCCACGGGCGCCACCUCCCCACCUGGGGGAGCUUCGGGCCCGACGGGACGGCCUCCCAGCGGGGCAGGCUCGGUUGAAACGGGCGCAAUACGGCGAGCGUCUGCGGCCAAAUCGCCGACGCCCGUGACGUCUCCGAGUGAAACUGGCGGAGACAUUUCUGGCAAAGAUGACACUUCUUCUAAUUCUUCACCCCUAAUUUCUUCUGCGACCCUGCCGCCUCUGCCAAAUAAAUCCGCGAAGAGGAACUCAUCAUCCUCUGGAACCACUGGACUGGAUUCAUCACUCGAACGACCUCCCAAAUCCACGAGGCCGCCUACAUCUCCGUUGAAACCACCAAUCACUUUUAGAUCGUCUUCUUCAAGGCGUGGCAGUACAGCGAGUGAGAAAAAACGCGGCAAAACGCGAACCCGCUCCAAGUCGCCAUUCCGCAGCUUCCGCUGGCCAAAGUCCAAGUCCAAAGCAGAGUCAGAGGCUGCUGCGGCUGCCAGUUACUACAGUGAUGAUGAGGAUAACCUCAGACGACCCCUGUCUGAACGAUCCGAUGAUGAGGAACUCGAGAGUACCUUGAUAAGGAAACACGAAUGGGAAAGCACUACCAAGAAAACUUCCAACAGGUCCUGGGACAAACUUUGCGUGGUCUUGAAAAACGGGAGCAUCGGCUUUUACAAGGACCAGAAGGCCUACAAGGGUGCACCAAGUGCCACUUACAAAGGGGAACCCCCAGUGGAAAUUUCAGGGGCUACCGCCGAAGUGGCCAGUGAUUACACAAAGAAGAAGCACGUCUUCAGAUUGAAGUUGAACAAUGGAGGCAUGUACCUCUUCCAAGCCCGAGAUGACGAUGAGAUGAGCCAAUGGGUGAGCGCAAUCAACCAGUCAGCUGGAGGGGAGGGACCUUCAGGUGGAGCGCGAUCCCAAACUCUGCCUACUGGCGCCUCUGGCGGUGAUGGCAAGAAAGAGAAGAAACCCUUCUUCACUCUGAAAGGAAAAAAUUAAUGCGUGGGAUUCCUCAAUGGGAAUGAAUAAAUUGCGAGAAUGGACGAAUACGAAAAGAAAGAAGAACGAAGAUAAAUCUAACUAUUUAGAAGAAUUUGUUCAUGAUUACUUUGCAGCACAUUCACCUCUUAAUGCACAGGGUUAUGAUUAUGUAUUAUUCCAUGGCUCUUACGACUUCUUCUCAAACCAUUAUUACACUACUACUCGUCUUAUUAUUAUUAUUACGAUGACCAUUAUUGGUGCACUUGCUGCGAAGACGUCACCAGAAACAAAAUCAAGCCUUUAUUCACCUCGAGAAGUCUUGUCGUCUGUUCUGAAUACAACAACAAAAAAAAGAAAUCACUCCAACUGCCUUGUAUUUGAGAAGACCUGCCCCAAGAAACUUCCCUUUCCUGUAUUUUAGAGGAAGAAUAAUGUCUUGAUGAUUAUCCCAACUCUUUCACCUUUCCAAUUAAGUCUGGUCCAUAUUAUAGCAUCACCACAACUUGAAGCAUACAACAAUGUACUAGAAAAUCAGUCGCUACGAUUUUGUUCAUUAUUAUUAUCAUCACCAUAUAUCUAUAUAUAAACAAACCACUGCUAUAAAAAUGAUGGAACCCGUCAUGCUUUUUGACUCUUCAACCUUUUUGUGUGAAUGUUCUUUGAGUGCUAAAAGAAGAAUUUGAAAUAAAAACUUAGAUUUAUAAACAUA